AUGGAAGAAUUUUCAAACUCAGAAGCACCGACGGAAGAAAAUAAAAAAGCCGCUAUUAAACGCUCAAAUUCCGAGGGAACUGAGCUUGUGGUCAAAGUGCCUAGUACCCAAGACCUCAUCAUUCCUCUUCCUACCAAGUUUUCUGAUGUCGGUGAAAACCUCGAAGAAUUGCUCCGCAUGAACAAAAUUUGGGCUAAUGCCAUCACAGCUCAAAAGCCAGACUUCUUUGCUGAACAUGCCAAGUCUCAAAAACCUCAUAUUCUUUGGAUUGGUUGUUCUGAUUCCCGUGUCCCCGCUGAGACGAUUGUUCAACUAGGACCCGGUGAAAUUUUUGUUCAUAGAAAUAUCGCCAAUCAAUUUAACCACGUGGACCUGAAUUGUUUAUCGGUGCUGGAAUACGCCGUCGAACAUUUAGGAGUCGAACAUAUUAUUGUCUGUGGACAUUAUGGUUGUGGUGGUGUUGCCGCUUCAAUGACAAAUAAGCAAUUUGGAAUUGUUGACAAUUGGCUUUGUAACCUCAAAGAUGUAUACUGGAAAAACAAAAAACUAUUUACAAGCGAACUUUCAGAGGAAGAACGUAAUGGGUUGCUGGUGAGAUUAAACGUCAAACAACAAGUUUAUAAUAUCUCUGCCACUAGUAUUGUUCAACGUGCAUGGGCAAGUGGCAAUAAGCUUAAAGUUCAUGGGUGGGUUUACGAUCUCGGUACAGGUCUCUUGGAGGAUAUUGAUAUCGGCGUAGAAAGUGAGGCACAAUUAUGUGACCAGAUUUAUAGAGUGAUAAGCUAA